GGUCACCGGUCUGCCGUCUGGUAACACUGGCGACAAGCAUAAUGGGAGCAUAAUACGUAGCUGGGCUUGUGACGAAUGUAAAUACGGCGCGCGGGUCUGUAUCUUUAUUCCGUGUACUGUCGAACACUAGCUAAUUAAAAAGUAAUUAAUACUCGUUCGUGUAUUAUUUCCGUUUCGUACUUUUGGGUCAGGCAUAUAUGUGACAUGUAUAUUCUGUGAUUAUACAGAACUCGUUUGUAACGAUGGCUGAUGAAGGAUUUGAUCCUCGCGAAUGCAUAUGGGACCACGAACUGGCUACGCAACGCCUGCUCGCCAUCUUGCGACAGAGUCAGGAUUAUUGUUCGAACACUGCAUGCAUCAGCCCGCCGCGGACGCAGAGACCAAAUGACACACUGGCGUCCUCAGAUUUUCUCAUGACUUGCUUAAUUAUUGCAUUCGUGCUCGUUAUGUACGUUCUUGGACCGAACACGCUUCGUCGAUUGAGAAACGGCAACACUAAAGAUCGAGACGACGAACGUGACUCGAACGAUGACCACCCCGCACCACCGCCGACAGCGUUUUAAAAGUGCGAUAUGAUAAUGCGACAUGUUAUCGUGUGGAUUUUAAUGGUAGAAUCUCACGAGCUUGUGAAAAAAGCGAGAGUAGAGAAAGGAUAAUAGCUAACGAUUUGCCCAAAUUAUGUAACAUUAGAAUACAUAUACGUAAUCUGUGAAUAAGAAAUGUAAUUUCUUAUGUACACUUAAAAAGUAUACGUUUAUACAAAUCAAAAAAUUACCCGUUCUUUCUCUGUCUCUCGUGCUUCGAAAAUAUUUUAAAGAUUUAUUAUUUGUUCAUAACAUGGCAGACGUAUGUAUCAGAGCGUUUCUCAUUCAUUUUACUUUAAAGAUCUGUAUUAUGAUAUUUUAAUUCAUUAAAGGGAAUGGUACAAUCGGGAUAGAAAGCUAAGUAUGAAUAUAGCAAUUUUAUAGAGAAUUCGUUCUAUAUAAAUAAAGGAAGCUAAGUAUUCAGAAAAUGUU